AGUCUAAUAAAGUCUGGGUUUGUUUUUUCCCACUCGUCACAUUAGCCCAUGCAGCCGAGUGUGAGUUAGUCCAAGUCUUCGUGAGUGGGCAUUUCGUUACAGUGAAGCUGUGAAGGUCGUAGUCAUAAUGACGUCCAAUGUCCAUCAGAGACGCACCGAUGGUUUAUUCACUCUCAAAAUAUCGAUACCGUGAUGUUCACGACACAUGGAGACGAACUGGUUCUGGGUUCCAGAGAGACCGACAUUGCAUUUUUCAAUGGAUCAACAGAGUUUUCGCCAACUAUAACCACAGAGGUGCCCAAAAGUAAUGAGUCUUGUGGAGAGCAGCAGACCUUGGACUUGGACUUGACUAAGAGCAUCAUCAUUGGUAUAAUGCUGAGCACCAUCACGGCGAUCACUGUCAUGGGUAACACUCUGGUUGUCAUCGCGGUUUGUGUUGUGAAAAAACUCAGACAGCCGUCAAACUAUUUACUGGUAUCUCUUGCCGUAGCAGAUCUGUCUGUAGCUGUUGUAGUGAUGCCUUUUGUGAUAGUGACUGACCUGACGGGAGGCGUUUGGCUGUUUGGAGAGGUUUUCUGCAAUAUUUUUAUUGGAAUGGAUGUCAUGUGCUGUACGGCAUCAAUAAUGACAUUAUGUGUGAUCAGUGUGGAUAGAUACCUUGGAAUCACUCAACCUUUGACUUACCCCGCGAGACAAAAUGGACAGCUGAUGGCCAAGAUGAUAGUGGGUGUCUGGUUAAUGUCAGCAUCCAUCACUUUACCUCCAUUCUGUGGCUGGGCUCAAAACGUCAACACUGCUGGUAUGUGUCUGAUUAGUCAGGAUGUGGGCUAUACUCUCUACUCCACCGCCGUGGCUUUCUACAUCCCAAUGGUGGUCAUGCUUUUCAUGUAUUACAAGAUUUUUAAAGCCGCCCGCAAAAGUGGGGCCAAACAUCACUUUACGGCCCUCACCCCAAUUCAGCUGGCGUGUCCUGACCUGACGUUAGAUGGGGUCGAGGGACUCUGCAUGCACGGGUUGAAGAAAGCCUCAGCGACCGAGCAGUUUUCCACAAUCUCCUGCCUGUUGAACCGCGAACGCCGGAGCGCCUCCAUAUUUAGACGAGAACAGAAGGCAGCCACCACUCUUGGGGUGAUCAUGGGCGUCUUUUCGUUCUGCUGGUUGCCGUUUUUUCUCUUUACUACAGCACGACCGUUCAUCUGUGGACUGCUUUGCAACUGCGCCCCUGUCUGGCUGGAGCGGGUACUGCUGUGGUUGGGGUACACAAACUCGCUGAUGAACCCUUUCAUUUAUGCCUACUUCAACCGAGACCUGCGUUCAACCUAUAAAGACCUGCUUCGAUGUCGCUAUCGAAACAUCAACCGUCGACUAUCGGCUAUGGGAGUGCAUGAGGCUCUAAAACUUUAAAACGGUCAUGGUCACACCUUGUUUAAAGCUUGAAGUUACAACACUUGGUGUCUUCUCAGUAAAGGCCCUUUCUCAUGGCUCAUGUUGAUUACUCUAUGGAGCAUAAUGUCAACUACGAUUGCAUAAUGCGCGGUGUUGCAUUGUAUGCUGGUCAAGUGUUUUGAUGUGGAGUUCAAACAAUUUUGGCACUAACUAUCUCAUUCACCAUUUUGUGAAUGGAGGUGAUGCUACAUAACUGAUGCUGGUAGGUCACAUGACAACAUUGCGAAUGUAGUAUCGUUAGUUCGAUAAGUAUUUACUUAUAGAUGGUUUCAUUGGACGCAUGCGCAUUGCCACGGUUACAUCCCUGGCCCUAAGUUAACUUUGGGUAUGUAUUUGUUUAUCAGUCUGGCUAGUGGUUAAACUGACCACUGGACCAAAUACCUUGUCAAAAAUAAAAAGGUUUCUUAAAUAUGAGGGGGGACGGCGAACAUGGAUCACCACUGUACGAAGAGAGGUUUGGCAGCCAGACAAGAAUUCAAAGAUCUGUAGCUAUACAUUAAUUUUACACAGUAACGUUAGCUCAGUGUAGUAGUCGAUACGCUUUAGUUAUGAUUUAAACUAAUGUACUAAGCUUGUUAUUAGAAAUAAUCUCUGUUGUUAUUGAUUCUUUGCGGAAGUCUACCGGAAGUUGCCAAAAAAUGCAUUGAAAUAAUAUGUUAAAUUGUUGACCCAAAAAUGAAA